GAAGCCGGCUGUCUCCGCCUUCCCGGGUCUCCGUGCCCUUUUCCCCUGAGUCCUGGCCUACGAGUUGGAUUUGCUGCCGCCGCGAGCCAGCCUCACGCCGUUCCCUGUCCCUCGGCCGCGGAAGAGCGCCGGCCUCCCGGCGAGGAAAGAGGAGAAAAUGCCAAAAAAAAAGACUGGAGCAAGGAAGAAGGCUGAAAACCGCCGAGAACGUGAAAAACAACUAAGAGCAUCAAGAAGCACUGUAGAUUUAGCUAAACACCCAUGUAAUGCUUCAAUGGAAUGUGACAAGUGUCAGAGGCGGCAGAAGAAUAGAGCAUUUUGCUAUUUUUGUAAUUCUGUACAGAAGUUGCCAAUAUGUGCACAGUGUGGAAAAACAAAGUGCAUGAUGAAGUCUUCGGACUGUGUCAUAAAGCAUGCUGGCGUAUACAGUACUGGCCUUGCUAUGGUGGGUGCAAUAUGUGACUUCUGUGAAGCUUGGGUUUGCCAUGGUAGGAAGUGUCUCAGUACACAUGCCUGUGCCUGCCCUCUGACUGAUGCUGAGUGUGUUGAAUGUGAACGAGGUGUAUGGGACCAUGGAGGCAGGAUAUUUAGUUGUUCUUUUUGCCAUAACUUUUUGUGCGAAGAUGAUCAAUUUGAGCAUCAAGCCAGCUGCCAGGUUUUAGAGGCAGAAACAUUUAAAUGUGUCUCAUGCAAUCGUCUUGGUCAGCAUUCAUGUCUUCGUUGUAAGGCUUGUUUCUGUGAUGAACAUACAAGGAGUAAGGUGUUUAAGCAGGAAAAAGGAAAACAGCCUCCUUGCCCUAAAUGUGGACAUGAAACUCAGGAAACAAAGGAUCUUAGCAUGUCAACACGCUCUCUGAAAUUUGGCCGUCAGACUGGAGUUGAAGAGGGAGAUGGAGCUUCUGGUUAUGAUGCUUAUUGGAAGAACCUUUCAUCCGACAAGUACGGUGAUGCAGGCUACCGUGAUGAGGAUGAUGAUGAGUAUGAUGCAGAGGAUGACGAAGAGGAAGAAGAUGAAGGUGGAAAGGAUUCAGAUGCUGAAUCAUCUGAUUUAUUUACUAAUUUGAAUUUAGGAAGGACCUAUGCCAGUGGCUAUGCUCACUAUGAAGAACAAGAGAACUAGGGGAGCUGCUUGCCUGUUGGUGGUUGUGUAUGACAAGAGCCAGGAGCACAUGUCAUGAGGAAUCAUGUGGGUGUUCAGAAGUACUAGCACUUGACCUUGUUCUAUUACCAGUCCCACGAGACUAAGGAGUAGGGCACAGCAUUUUUAUAGGAACUGAUAAUCAGGCUUUUAAUAUGAGAGAAAUGAGUUUCAAAUGUAAGACAUUUAUUGAUCCAGGCAAAUGAAGUAUCAUGGAUUAGAUUGCUACUGAUUUUAGUAAUUUCUUAGUUUUUGCCAAUCACAUACAUAUAAAGGUAAAGGAAUAAAAUGGUAAUAUAUUUAUUUGAAAUUAAAUUACUGUUUUUAUUAAAGGAGCACUGCUUAGAAAUUCACUGUCUCGUUUUGUAAAAUGGAUUACUGUAUUUUUUCCUUUAUGUCUGUCCUCAGAAUGAAAGUCAUGUGUUAUUAUAUUCUAAAUUUUCAUUAAAUACUCAUGUUGUUAGUAGUCAUGCAUGUUUCAGCAUUCGGCCCAUUUAUCUCUCUUCACAAUAUAUAUCAUGAACAAUCCCUGUUUUAAUACCUAAAUGUAUUGACAAAGGUGACUGACUACCUAACCAUUUUUUAGAAUUAUGAUACCAGAAGUAGUAUUACAGAUGCCUUACCCAGGAAAUUUCAUUUUUUGGAAUAAAUGGAUGUAGUAUUUCACUUUA